GUCACUAAUCCAGGAUCAGCCUUAACAAAAGCACCAGCAAAACCCGUGACACAAAUUGUGGCCUCUUGCUUUUCACCUCUGCACGAGGCCAGCGGGACCCUGUUGGGCCCCUCGCUCCUAUUCCACUCCGCAAGUCCCCAAGAGCCGGGGAAAGGCCUCAUCCCUGUCCAUAGGAGCCACGUCGACAGUCAUAUUCAAGCAAAAUAUUUAUUCGGUAAACACCUGAUCAUCUAAGGUGUGGCAGGACGGCUCAGAGACAUUUAGUUUCAUCUAGCCCCAUGGAGCAACUCGAAGAGCCAAAACUGGCCAUGAGGGGCCUGAACGAACGGCUGAAGGGGUUCCUGGAGCAUGUGAAUCAGUUGGAAAAGACCAACUGCAAAUUGGAGGAGCAGAUUGUGGAGUGGGGAUUUAGGAACGUCACUCAGCGGCGGGACUGGAGCGACGAGGAGGCCCUGGCACAGGAACUGCGAGCUCAGGUUAGGAUGAUCCUAAUGGAAAAUGCAGACAUUUUGUUACAAUCUGAUGCAGUGAAACUCAGGGCAGCACAUUUAAAGACAAGGUGUGAAAUUGAGGAGAAACUCAGACUCCUGAAGGAGCAGGAGGUGUCACAGCUGAAGCUAAAGAAGAAAGAGUUGGAAACGGCCAACAGCCUUCUGGAAAAGCAGCUUUAUGAAUCCCAAAAUGAGUUACAGCAAGUCAUGGAGGAACAUGAGGUGUCAAGAGAGCUGGAUCAGCACCAGUGGCGAUCAGUAGAGGAGUGUGAUAGAGUGCUAGCGCAGGUUGCUGCAGGAGAGGAUGGCAGAGGAAUGGAUCUCUCCCGGACCAGCACCCAGUGCGACCACUCCAGCCCAGCCCAGAGUAGCACUGACUCAGCCACGCCACCAAAUCCUGCUCCAGGCUCCGGUCCGGCUUCAAAGAGAAUGCCCCGAAAGGAUGCAACCAGCCCCACAGCUGCAUUUCCGCCACAGGUGAGAGUUGGUGAUGAGGCACUUAAGGAGGCACGAGCCGAGCUCGCUGAGGCCCGGAAGCAAUGGCACCGUCUACAGGUGGAAAUCGAAUCACUACAUGCCUUGGAGAAGAGUCUCCAAACCUCCCUACACCACACUCAAUUCCAGUACUCUGUGCAGCUCAAGGAUCUGUCCCGCUCUGUCAGGGGUCUGGAGUCUGAGCUGGAAACUGUGCGGGAUGGUCUGGAAAUCCAGAAACAGAACCAUAGUCAGCUCCUCAACACCAAGAUGAGGCUGGAGAGAGAGAUUUCAACUUAUAGGAAACUCCUGGAACACGAGGAGGGCAGGUUUCUGAACUCAGACGGUCGGUCUGUAAAAAUGAAGCCAUGGAAGGGGUCAGUUCCUGCUCCAGAGCAGAAUGGCCUACCCAACGGAUAUGAUGAAGAUGUCGCUGAGCCAAUCUUCUCCAAGAGAACGUCAAAAUUAAUGCCGGCCCUUCGGCGAUACCAGAGUCUUGUCAUUCUCACAGAACCAGUUCUCAACAAAGAUGGGGAGAUCUGUACUGUGAAGACUCAGGAGAUCCUGGAAGGAAAUGUAGUGAGGGAGAGUGCAGAGGGUCACGGAAAUGUGGAGACAGAGAAGAUUGACAAGGUAAUCAGGCAAUGGGAAGGGUCAUUCUUUAAAGGAAAUCCCAAGCUGAGGAAGAAAUCUGUGUCUCUGCGUUUCGACCUUCACAUGGCUGUAGCGGAUGAGGGUUGCAGCCAAACAAAACAGGACAGUCUCCCUAACGUGGAGGUCCGUCUCGUCAUGAAACGGUCUCGCAGCAUACCCACUUUUGCCCAGUCAUGUCAUGAUGCUAAUACAUCACAACUGUGACAUCACCAUACUACCACACCACAACUGUGACCUCACAAUAUGACCUUCACUACAAUUAAGGGGUGGUGACCACGUCUCAAUGUCUCGGCGGCUAAUAAAAGCGAAUCACUUUAGUAAUGUCAUAAAACUCUUGCCAUUUAAAGUAAAAAAAGAAACUCAUGCAGAUAAAGCUACUUAAAGAAAUUUCAAGGAAAAUGUAUUUGUAGUUGAUUUAUUUUACUUCACACUUAGAUGUAUGAAGGUGAACGGGGAGUACAAAUGUCUUGCAGUGUUUCAGAUUUCAUUGUGACUUUAGAGUGUGACUGAACGCUCUACUCCCACGUUGUUGAUUAUGAGCACAUAUUAUGUUACUGAUACCUAUAAAACUAUUGGUUUGUGAAAAUGUGUAUAGUUUGUACAUCUAUAAAGCUGACUCUUAAGUCUCAGUGAGAAAUGGUCAAUGAGGAUACAGCGAUUUCACAUUCAGUACAGCGUAACAAAAGAUGCCUUAUUGCGUUCGACAAAUGUUACUGGAACAAAUUUUACACUCCAGUAAAAGCUAAGGGGGUAUCAAGUUCUGGUUCUGCAGGAGGCUAUAGUGUGAACCAAAAAAAAUAUUGCGUAAUUUGCAAGUGUAGCAAAAAAUCAGCAGCCAAAAUAAACAAACAAAUAAAUUAAUUUAUGGUGAAACUGAUGUACAGUCCUCACGAUAUUACCUGCAUGAACCUGUACAGAAUGACUAACAGUCUAUCACUGCGGAAAGAAUGAAAUGAACUUCUCUGAACUUCUACUUACACCCGCAUAUAUGAGUUACAUUGCUUUUAUGCAUCAUUUAAAGUGCAAAUACUGUGUCUUCCGAUCAAAAAUGAUGCAGGAUUGUUACGAAAACUUGAAAUGAUCAUACUUCAACAACCAAAAAAAAAAAAAGAUUUUUGCUUUUCUCGUCUGCAUAUAUUAAUCAUUUAAACUGUUUUAUUUAGUUCUAGCUCUGAUGGAUGUUGUUCUGUAAAUACAUAGGGGUUUCCUGAUGUAGCAAAUAAAUGGAUACAAAUGCAUAUAGUUAAUUUGAAGUUAUAUUAAAUCUAAUUAAAUCUAUAUCUCUGAAAUAUGAUGAUAUCACCGCAUAGGUUUAGUUACUGCUUUCAUUUAUGUAAUGCACAAUCUACUGUUAUACAGGAUUAACCUUUCACGUUUCAUUAUCUUUCCAAGGGAUUGUGACCUACUCUAAGACAUGUGAAGAGAAAUUACACCAUUUGCAUUGGUAAAAAAAUGUCAUUUUCAUAUGCACUUUAAUGAAUUAAAAUAAAAUAAUUGCUAACUUCCAGAA